UUUGAUUCGAGCUUUAUUUGGUUGUUUUCCAUCUCUUUUGGAGGAAGAAGCUGAUCCGCCAUGGCCCGAACCAAGCAGACCGCCCGCAAGUCCACCGGAGGCAAAGCCCCCAGGAAGCAGCUGGCCACCAAGGCGGCCAGGAAGAGCGCCCCGGCCACCGGCGGCGUCAAGAAGCCUCACCGCUACCGGCCCGGCACCGUGGCUCUGAGGGAGAUCCGCCGCUACCAGAAAUCCACCGAGCUGCUGAUCCGCAAGCUGCCCUUCCAGCGCCUGGUGAGAGAGAUCGCCCAGGACUUCAAGACCGACCUGCGCUUCCAGAGCUCGGCCGUCAUGGCUCUGCAGGAGGCCAGCGAGGCUUACCUGGUCGGCCUGUUCGAGGACACCAACCUGUGCGCCAUCCACGCCAAGAGGGUCACGAUCAUGCCCAAAGACAUCCAGCUGGCCCGCCGCAUCCGCGGAGAGAGGGCUUAGACUCACCGGACACACACACACACACACACACACACCGGCUCUUUUCAGAGCCACACACACACUUACUGAAGAGACGAUUCCUCCUGCUGAGCUUCAGCCAUAAGAAGCUUAUUCUUUUGUAUAUUACAAGAAAUCACAAUU